AUGACUCUGCCGCCGACGACCACCUUGGUGGCAACACCGAAGGCCUAUCUCCAUCUGACACAAGCGCAGCUGUCGACGCUCCAGCUGCGCGUCUACCGCCAUACCCGCUAUGCACCAGCGCCGGAGAGCGCUCUGCAGACCUUUGUCGACUUGAUCAACGCCAGUUUCGCGGGGCCUUACCAUGAUGAGAACUUCGGGCUGGAUCACCCGCGCUAUAAGAGCUUGCAGACGCUGAGGGAUGACUUGGAUCCCGAGGCGGAGGGUGAGGAUGGGGGCAGGGAAGAGGGAAAGAGCGGCGGGUGGUUGUUUAUGCUCUUCCUCCCGUCGUCUGCUACUGUCGAUGGGGAAGCUGCUGGGGGGGUCGCAGUAGCAGGAGCCAAAGUGACCUUCAGCGGAGCCGGGAUGGACGGCGGGCCGUCGGUCCACGUUCUCCCCAACCCGCUCUACACCCCACCCGCCGUUUACCCUUCCUUGGUGUACUACCUCGGCGCACUGGGCACCAUCACCCCGCGCUCCGGCCCACUCCUCCUCACCCACAUCAAGCGCUACCUCUCCACCCUGUCUCCGAACUACGUCCUCAAGGCCUACACCGUCGCCGAAUGGGGCGUCAACCCGCACUUCAGCAUCCCCCAGGAUUCGCCAUUGGUGCGGUUCUUUGAGAAGCAAGGUUUUAGGGUCCAGGAUUACGCAUGGAAGGCCAAGGGUACCUGGGGCAGCUUUUACGGGGGGUGCUUGUGCAGUAUUGAAUAUGUGCAUCUGGGUCUUGGGGAAGACAAGUAA